AUGUCAGGAAGCCUCAUUAGUCAGCGUGAAGAGCAGCCAGUGUUGGUCCUUACCUGUCAGCGAGAUUCACACCCUUUUCAGGACCGCAUAAUUAUACUAAAUGAGAUAAUAAAAGUUGGACGUUCAGUGGCCCGCGCCAAACCUACAAAAACCAAUGCGAUCUUCGACUGCAAAGUCUUGUCGAGAAGUCAUGCAUUGAUAUGGCACAAAGGUGAUCGGUUUUGGUUACGUGAUACAAAUAGUAGCAAUGGAACUUUUGUCAAUAACACAAGAAUAGUGAAAAAAAAUGAUGAAGAUUUUGCCGACCGUGAGAUAUUUUCCGGUGAUAUCAUUCGUUUUGGAGUAGACGUCGUUGAACAUGAUACAACUCACGGCUGCAUCAUAGCUCAAGUUGCUUUGUAUCAUCCUAAUGGAACAGAAGCAAAACAAAGCGUUGAUUAUGUCAGUAGUAAUAAUGCUUUGACUGGUAUCGAGGCACUCCAUACUGAACAAAUGUUCCGCUUCACACAUUACAUUAGCGAGGCUUUAUUUCGGGAACAAGUUCUGGACACAAAACUUGAGUCUAUCAAACGGCUCCUACAAGAGGCACAAGAAAUUUCUGAGGCUGGUUGGCAAGCUAUGGUGGAUGAAGAUCGACUUUUGGAGAAGCUAAGUCUCUAUGAAACUCAACUAUCUUUAUUGAAGCAAGAUUUGCCCGAGAAUUCGUUACAGUCGCAUCUAAUGCAGGCUCUAGAAGAAAAAUUUAAUCUUGAGAAAGCCAGUAAAAUAAUGUUGGAACGCCUGUUAAACGAGAAAGCGGAAGUUUUUAGCAAAGCUACAGAUCUUGAGCAUUCUUUGGUCAUGUCUCAAAAAGAGUGCAUUCGCCUUCGUCAAGACUACGAAAAUAUCCAAGAAGCGUACCAGAAUUUGGCAAAUGAUAGGCAGUCGAAGCAAGUAGCAUCAGAGGGAUCAAAGGAAAGCAAAAUCGAAAAAUCUGAUGUGAAAGUCGAGACUGACCAACUUAAAGAUGAGAAAGUGCUUGGAAAAGUUUUCGACCAGUUUCUAUAUUCUGAUCAUAGAGCAAAUAAUAGACAAGCCCUUGAUAGCCAUAACGGUAAUGAUGCAAACAUUCUUAUGAAUGGUUUAGACAAUGGCAUUUCGAAAAUCCCUGAGAAUUAUGAUGAUAAGUUAAAUAAUAUCAACGAACGGUUCGGUAUGCAAAAUAAUUUCGAUUUAUUGAAAACAUCGGAACCUGAUAAUUUCUUCGGUGUUCAAGGGCAACAUGUCACCACAAAUGAUGAAUCUCAUAACGGUCAUACAUCUAUUCGGAUAAUUGAAGGUAUUCGGCUUUUCAAUCAAUCAAAUCAAUUAAUCAAAUUGCUCCAAGAUGAAUUAAGUAUUUUGGCCAAGAUAAAAAGGUCAAAUGAAUCAACUCUUUCCUUACCGGUGAAUUCUGAUCCAGCUACAAACAAUAUUGAUUCAUUUGAGUCUCUUGAUAAUGUUGAUCCUGAUAAAACUUCAUUGAAAAGACUCGAUGUUGUUAAUUGUAAAGAAAAUAAUUUUGAAACUGCCUUACAACGUGCAACAGAGUAUGCUACUUUAGUUGCUAAUCUUCAACGUCGUGUGGGUGCUGAUUUAAAUUCUUUCUGUUUACCACCGAAUCUUCAUAAUAAUGCUGAUAUUUUUAAUAUUCACAAUGAUUUAUGUAUACCUCCUGCCGAAUUCAGGACGACUCAUAUAACUAAAAUGGAUGUUUGUCUAGGAACAGAAACACUUGCCGAUCAUAUUCAAUCUACUGAAGUGGAUGGGACAGCCAACCAGAAAGUUGAAAUUAAUCACUUGCAAGCGUACAGAAUGGAUAAAGAUUCACAUACAGACGAAGAACUUUCAAAACUACACAAUGAGCUAAUGGAAUCCGUGAAUGAGAUUGAAACUUACAAACAGUUGACCGAAGAUUUAAGAAAACAAGAUGCCGCUAAAGCAGAGUUAUUGUUAUUGGUUCGAGGAGAAUGUGAUGCACUGAAAAGUCGAAUCGCUGUAAUUGAAACCGAUGUAGCAACAAGUCGUGCUGAUCAUCAUCGUUUAAUAUCUGAAACAAGAAGAGCACAAGCAGAAGCUAAUGAAUUGUUACUUGAACGUGACAAUUUAUCGAAACAACUAGAUACUGCUAAUAAUCAAAUAGAACAUUUACAAAAGCUUCUUGCCAGCACACUUUUGUGUGAUACCAAAACACAGAUUUCUAACAAGAAUUCUAUUUCCAACGAAAUAUCCACUGUAAAUUCUUUAAAUGAUAAUCCUUGUCCAACUAACCAAUAUCCUACUAAAACUAGCAACGUGCCAUUGCAUGAACAUUACUUCUCAUUAUUUGCUGUCAUUCCUGUUAUGACACACACAUGCACAAUUGAUUCAAGCAACUCUCGUCAAAUUCCAUGUUAUGAUCUACAUUUGAAAAUACUGUCUAUUAAAAUCUGCAUUAUGUCACCAUGUCCAUACAACCCAUAA